UGCUGUGUGUGAGUGUGUGUGUGUGUGUUUGCCUGUGGAGGCGGAUGCAUUCAGUGCAUCAGCUCUCAGCUCUCGUUUGUGCCCAAACCGGUGUCUUGUCAGGACAGAGAAGCAAUGAACAAGGACAACCUCAAACAGCACUUGAAGGACCCAUUCUGAUAGUAUUUGUCCAGCAAUCGCUUUGAGUAAACACGACAAAGAAUGCACGUUGAAAGACAGAAGACCUCAACAGCAUCUCAGUGCCCUGAUAAAUACUUACAGGCAAAACCAUCGAGAGGAUAGAAUCCACAUAGAGGAGCAAGAAGCCUAUCAGGGACAUGCCAUGCAUUAAAAAGGACUGCUGAGGACAAAAAAUAAGAGUCUGUGCAGAGAUUUUCUUCCCUCCUUGUUUGCAUCACUGACUGGUGCACAGUACCUGCCAUUGCUGUUUAGGAUCACAGUAGCUUCUUUGUAUACUGCCGACAUGGCCAGCCAGCAAGAUUCAGGCUUCUUCGAGAUCAGCAUCAAAUCAUUGCUGAAAUCCUGGAGCAAUACUUCUCCUGUGGGCAACGGGUACAUUAAACCCCCAGUCCUACCCACAAGCAGCAUACCAGGUGACAGAGGACCUCCAGCCAUGAUGCCCAUCAAUAUUGACCCUGAUAUUAAAUCAGGGGAAUAUGUCUUGAAGAGCAUAUUUGCUAACUUCACAACUCAGGCUGAACGAAAGAUUCGUGUUAUCAUGGCAGAGCCUCUGGAAAAGCCACUUACAAAGUCUUUACAAAGGGGAGAAGAUCCACAGUUUGAUCAGUUGAUAAGCUCAAUGAGUUCACUUGCAGAGUACUGCUUGCCAUCUGUUUUACGUACUUUAUUUGACUGGUACAAAAGGCAGAAUGGAAUUGAAGAUGAAUCGCAUGAAUAUCGACCAAGAACAAGUGCAAAGUCAAAAGGUGAUGAACAACAAAGGGAUUAUCUCCUGGAAAGAAGGGAUCUAGCCAUUGAUUUUAUUUUUUCUCUAGUUCUAAUAGAAGUAUUGAAACAGGUUUCACAGCAUCCGGUACCAGAUAACUUGGUCCAUGAAGUUAUUAACCUGGCAUUCAAACAUUUUAAAUAUAAGGAGGGUUACCUUGGUCCUAACACUGGAAAUAUGCAUAUUAUAGCAGAUCUAUAUGCAGAAGUAAUAGGCGUUCUGGCACAGUCAAAAUUUCCUGCCGUGAAGAAGAAAUUUAUGUCAGAGCUUAAGGAACUGCGCCAGAAAGAACAGAGCCCAUAUGUAGUGCAAAGCAGUGUAAGCCUCAUAAUGGGUAUGAAGUUCUUUCGUAUUAAAAUGUAUCCUGUGGAGGACUUUGAAGCCUCUUUUCAGUUCAUGCAGGAAUGUGCACAGUAUUUUUUGGAAGUUAAGGACAAGGAUGUGAGGCAUGCACUAGCUGGACUUUUUGUGGAGAUUCUAUUCCCAGUGGCUGCGGCUGUUAAAAAUGAAGUCAAUGUUCCAUGUCUUCGAAACUUUGUUGAGAGCCUUUAUGACACAACGUUAGAAUUAUCAACACGCAAGAAACAUUCACUGGCCCUGUUCCCUUUGGUGACCUGCCUCCUCUGUGUCAGCCAGAAGCAGUUCUUUCUCAGCAGAUGGCAUAUCUUCAUGAACAACUGCUUAUCCAAUCUUAAAAAUAGAGAUCCCAAAAUGGCUCGAGUUGCACUGGAAUCGCUGUACAGACUGUUGUGGGUCUACAUGAUAAGGAUCAAAUGUGAAAGCAAUAAUGUAACACAGAGUCGACUUGCAAGCAUUACCACAACGCUUUUUCCCAAAGGAUCUCGCAGUGUUGUGCCAAGAGAUAUGCCUCUCAACAUCUUUGUAAAAAUCAUUCAGUUCAUUGCCCAGGAAAGACUCGAUUUUGCUAUGAAGGAAGUCAUAUUUGACCUUCUGAGUGUUGGAAAGUCACCAAAAACCUUCAGUCUGAAUCCUGAGAGAAUGAACAUCGGUUUGAGAGCCUUCCUUGUGGUUGCUGACAACCUGCAGCAGAAGGAUGGGGAACCACCAAUGCCUAAUACAGGAGCUGUGCUCCCAUCUGGCAACACGCUCAGAGUAAAGAAGACCUACUUAAGUAAAACCCUAACAGAAGACGAAGCAAAAAUGAUAGGCAUGUCUUUGUACUACCCACAACUACGAAAGGCCCUGGAUAGCAUCCUGAGACACCUCGAUAAAGAAGUUGGGCGAUGCAUGAUGUUGACCAAUGUACAGAUUUUGAACAAAGAACCUGAAGACAUGAUCACGGGCGAAAGAAAACCUAAAAUUGACCUUUUUAGGACCAGUGUGGCUGCCAUUCCACGAAUAAUACCUGACGGAAUGUCAAAGCUGGAACUGAUUGACCUACUGGCAAGGCUCACUAUCCACAUGGAUGAUGAACUGCGUCAUAUUGCACAAAACUCUCUUCAGAGCUUACUUGUUGAUUUUGCUGACUGGAGAGAAGAUGUAUUGUUUGGUUUCACUAACUUCUUACUUCGGGAGGUGAAUGACACACACCAGAGCCUUCUCGAUGGCUCACUGAAAUUGCUGGUACAUUUGCUCUCUCAGUGGAAGCUCGCAAUACAGACUCAAGGCAAGAGUCAAGACCAUAUAAGACUAAGGACUUCCGAGGAAAGAAGUCCUCAUUCAAAUGUGCUGCAUGCUGUGGAAGGAUUUGCCCUCGUUUUAUUGUGCAGUUGUCAGAUUGCAACACGAAAGCUGGCUGUUUCUAUCCUGAGGGAAGUUCGGGCUUUGUUUUCCGUCUUAGGACAAUCAGAGGAUGAUGAUAAACCAAUGAUUGAAGUCAUGGAUCAAUUGAGUUCAUCCAUCCUGGAGAGUUUCAUCCAUGUCGCAGUCUCAGAUUCGGCUGCUCUACCCUUUGGACACAAUGGUGACUUACAGUGGCUGGUAGAAUGGAAUGCAGUUUUGGUUAACAGCCAUUAUGAUGUGAAGAGCCCUUCUCAUGUCUGGAUAUUUGCACAGUCUGUGAAGGAUCCCUGGGUUCUGUGCCUCUUCAGUUUCCUCAGACUGGAGAAUCUCCCGAAGCAUUGCCCAACUGCACUUAGCUACGCCUGGCCAUACGCCUUUACCAGGCUGCAGUUGUUGAUGCCACACAUUGAUCCCAAUAGUCCUAUGUACACGAAGAAAGUGAGUACAUCAAGCGGCGCAGAUAACUAUGUGACCCUUUGGAGGAACUAUCUUAUCCUUUGUUUUGGAGUUGCAAAGCCAAGUAUCAUGAGUCCUGGCCACCUCCGAGCUUCAACUCCAGAAAUCAUGGCAACAACCCCUGAUGGUAGCUCCAGCUACGAUAACAAGGUCAUUGGAACACCAUCCGUGGCAGUGCUGUUGAAGCAGCUUGUUCCUCUGAUGCGUGUUGAGAGCAUAGAAAUUACAGAAUCACUGGUGCUCGGAUUUGGAAGGACAAAUUCUCUUGUAUUCAGGGAAUUAGUUGAAGAGCUACAUCCAUUGAUGAAGGAAGCCCUUGAACGUCGGCCAGAGAACAAGAAGCGUCGUGAGCGUCGAGAUUUAUUGCGACUACAGCUGCUAAGGAUAUUUGAACUCCUCGCUGAUGCUGGUGUUAUAAGUGACAAUACUAAUGGAGCUUUAGAAAGAGAUACUCUGGCACUGGGAGCCUUGUUCUUGGAAUAUGUUGAUCUAACCAGGAUGCUGCUGGAGGCAGAAAAUGACAAAGAUGUUGAAAUCCUAAAAGACAUUCGAGCCCAUUUUAGCGCAAUGGUAGCCAAUUUGAUUCAGUGUGUUCCAGUACAUCAUCGCAGAUUCCUAUUUCCACAACAGAGUUUGCGUCAUCAUCUCUUCAUCUUGUUCAGCCAGUGGGCAGGGCCAUUUAGUGUCAUGUUUACUCCUCUGGAUCGUUAUAGUGACAGAAACCACCAAAUUACAAGAUACCAGUACUGUGCAUUAAAGGCAAUGUCAGCUGUACUUUGCUGUGGGCCAGUGUUUGACAAUGUUGGUCUCUCUCCAGAUGGUUACCUUUAUAAAUGGUUAGAUAAUAUUUUGGCAUGUCAUGAUCUACGGGUCAAUCAGCUUGGGUGUGAAGUUGUGAUCUUACUGCUAGAACUAAACCCAGAUCAAGUGAACCUUUUCAACUGGGCUGUAGAUCGCUGCUACACUGGUUCUCGCCAGCUAGCAUCUGGCUGUUUCAAAGCCAUUGCAACUGUGUGCGGAAGCAGGAACUACCCAUGCGAUAUAGUGACACUUCUAAACCUGGUACUUUUUAAAGCGUCUGACACCGACAGGGAGAUUUAUGAAAUCUCAAUGCAGCUCCUGCAGAUUUUAGAAGCAAAACUGUUCCUAUAUUCCAAGAAAGUAGCUGAACAGAAACCCGAAAGUAUACUGUUUGGGACACAUGGACCAUUACCACAUCUGUAUUCUGUAUCACUCUCUCAGCUGUCAAAAGAAUUGGCAAGAAUGUACCCAGAGCUCACUCUUCCAAUGUUUUCAGAGGUUAGCCAGAGGUUUCCAACUACGCACCCAAAUGGACGUCAAAUCAUGCUCACCUAUCUUCUGCCGUGGCUUCGUAACAUUGAGCUGGUGGAUGGUGGACUGCUUGCUGUAACAUCAAACCCACAAUCCCCUGAUGAAGAAACCCAGUACAAGGAAGAUGGAACAGCUGUGGAUUAUGGGCUAAAGGGAAAUGGCUGGGGUUCACCACAGGCCACUUCCCUGGUUCUCAAUAACCUCAUGUAUAUGACUGCGAAGUAUGGAGAUGAAGUUCCUGGAUCAGAGAUGGAAAAUGCCUGGAAUGCUCUGGUAAACAAUGAAAAGUGGAACAAUAACCUCAGAAUUGCCCUGCAAUUUCUGAUCAGUCUAUGUGGAGUUAGCAGCGACACACCUCUUCUGCUGUAUAUUAAGAAAGUAGUGAUUUACUUGUGUCGAAAUAACACUAUUCAGACAAUGGAAGAGCUUUUGUUUGAGAUGCAACAGACAGAUCCUGUAAACCCUGUGGUGGUACACUGUGAUAAUCCGCCUUUCUACCGCUUUGCUUCAAGCAACAAAACCUCCACAGCUGCAUCUGGAACAACAUCCAGCACUAACACUUUGGUGGCCGGGCAGGAAAAUUUCCCAGAAAUAGAUGAGGGAAGGACAAUGAAAGAAACAGAUGAGAGGUUCAACAACAUUGCGAUUAGAGCACAUUCUCGUCUUGAAUCAAGGUACAGCAACAGCUCUGGUGGCUCUUAUGACGAUGACAAAAGUGACCCGUUGCCUCCCUAUGCUAGUUGGUUGGUGAGAAUUGUAGAGGCAAAUGCACCACAGCCCCUACCAAUGCCGGUUAAUGGAGGUUGUUGGGCUCCACUGGUGGAUUAUCUGCCAGAAACCAUCACCCCGCGUGGUCCACUUCACAGGUGUAAUAUAGCUGUUAUCUUCAUGACUGAGAUGGUAGUUGAUCACAGUGUUAGAGAAGACUGGGCUCUACACCUACCCCUAUUAAUCCAUGCACUCUUUCUUGGCAUUGAUCAUUAUCGUCCAGAAGUGUUUGAACACAGCAAAAGAUUACUUAUGCAUCUUUUGAUUGCGUUGUCAUGCAAUGCUAAUUUCCAGGCUGUGGCUACAGUUCUACUGCUGAACAGAGAAAUCAGUAAUCGUAAAACACUUACAGUCAAAGCACCUUAUCCACCAGAAUAUCUCCACACAGGUGGUUAUGAUUUCUUGAGGGAAUAUCAGACCUCACCAGUCCCGGACUCAGGUCUAAGUUGCAGUUCCACCUCUUCCAGCAUCAGCCUGGGAGGUAGCAGUGGGAACCUUCCACAAAUCUCUCAGGAGAUGGAAGAUAUUGAGACCGCAGCUGAAAUGAAUGAGAAGGCCCACAAACUAAUUGAGUUUUUAGCAACCAGGGCAUAUGGUCCUCUUUGGUGCCAUGAAGACAUUACUCCCAAGAAUCAAAAUUGUAGAAGUGUUGAAGAACUGACUAAUUUCCUACGUCAUGUUGUGUCAGUGUUCAAAGAUGUUAAAUCAGGUUGCCGUCUGGAACAACGACUGAGUGAAGUGUCCCUACAAACAGCACUUUCUAGUUCCUCAAGACAUUAUGCUGGCCGAUCUUUCCAGAUCUUCAGGGCAUUGAAGCAACCUCUAUCUGCCCAUGCCUUGUCUGACCUUCUUUCAAGGCUGGUUGAAGUUGUCGGAGAACAUGGGGAUGAGGUUCAGGGUUAUGUGAUGGAAGCACUCCUUACACUGGAAGCAGCCAUUGACAAUUUGGCAGAUUGUUUGAAGAACAGUGAUCUUCUAGCUGUUUUGUCUCGGUCAUCCUCACCAGAUUUCAUGAUGAGUACCAAACUAGCAACAAGUCGGAAGAGUACAGGGCAGCUGAAUCUGACGUCAGGCAUCUUGAACAGCAGUGGUAUUACAGCAGAACGGAGCAGACAUCAGAGGAGUUUCUCUGUACCUAAGAAGUUUGAUGUUUCAGACAGAACAUCUGAUCCUCCACGUAGUGCAACGUUGGACAGAAUUCAAGCAGAUGGACAAGUUCUGGUGUGUAAAACACGGAGCUCCUCAUCUCUUAAAGACAACAUAACAGAUCCAUCCAAUAUCAAUAAUCCCAUGAAUCUUUUGGCCACUGUCUUCUGGUCUGCUCUAGCGCUGAUGGAAUCUGAUUUUGAAUUUGAAUACCAAAUGGCACAGCGACUGCUGAUUAAACUUCUGAUUCACCUACCUUUGGAUAAGACUGAAACCAGGGAAAAGCUUGAAAAGCUGCAAGGGCAGCUGAAAUGGACAAACUUCUCAGGGUUACAACAGCUUUUGCUGAAAGGCUUUACUUCACUAGCUACUACUGAUCUGACACUACAGCUCUUCAGCCAACUGACUGCUGUUUCUCGAAUACCAGUGGUGGACUUAACUCAAGUUAUAGGUUUCCCCUUAAAUGUGCUCUGUCUCCUUCCGCAUUUGAUUCAGCACUUUGAUAACCCUACCCAAUUCUGCAAGGAUACAGCAGAGAGGAUAGCUCAGGUCUGUAUGGAAGAAAAGAACACUAAGCUUUCAAACUUAGCACAUGUUAUGACUCUAUACAAGACACACAGUUAUACCCGAGACUGUAUUACCUGGGUUAAUGUGGUUUGCCGUUACCUUCACGAGUCCUUUGCAGAAGUCACUUUGAACCUGAUUACAUACCUGGCGGAGCUGUUGGAUAAAGGUCUUCCAAGCAUGCAGCAGUCCUUACUUCAGAUCAUUUACAGUCUUCUAAGCCAUGUAGAUUUAUCAUCUAUACCUGUCAAGCAGUUUAACAUGGAAGUCCUGAAGAUCAUUGAAAAAUUUGUUCAGAGUGCUCAUUGGAAAGAGGCCCUAAACAUUCUGAAAUUAGUCGUCUAUCGGUCUGCGAGCUUGGUUUUACCAUCAUCUCAAGCUAGUGAGCCAUCUCAGGUAGACAUGCAUCGAAUGUGGAAAAACGCUUCAAAAGUAUUACCAGGAAAAACAUUAGAGUUUCGCUUUGACAUUUCCGAGACGCCUGUUAUUGGUAGAAGAUAUGACGAUCUACAUGGGCCUCCGGGGAGGGACGGGAAACCCAGGGCAAUAGCAGUCACUCGCAGCACUUCAUCCACUUCGUCCAGCUCAAAUUCAAAUGUUUUAGUUCCUGUGAGCUGGAAGAGACCACAGUUCUCCCAGAAAAGGACACGAGAAAAAUUGGUGAAUGUUCUUACUUUGUGUGGUCAGGAAGUGGGUCUAACCAAAAACCCAUCUGUUAUUUUCUCAUCAAGUGGGGAUCUUGACCUUAUUGAGCAUCAGGCAAGUUUGGUGUCAUCUUCAGAGGACGGCCCAAGAGACCAAGAAAACAUGGAUGAUACAACCAGCGAGCAACAGUUCAGAGUUUUUAGAGACUUUGACUUCCUGGAUGUCGAACUGGAGGAUGGAGAGGAACUUCAGGGUGAGAGUAUGGAUACGUUUAAUUGGGGAGUACGCAGGCGCUCUCUCGACAGCCUGGACAAGGGAGAUUUACAGCUUCUGGAGGAGAACCAUCUUUCAGGAAGCACACACAGUCUAAGGAAAAUUCAUCAUGAGGAUUCAGAUGAGUCGUCUGAAGAAGAGGUAAUGAAUUUCACACCCUCUGAAGACACAAAUCAUGUGGAUUCAUUGUCCACCUCAGGCGACACAACCUCGGCAGAUCCACUGUCAGUUAACACAAGGACCCCCAGUUUAGAGGUCUCUCUUCCUGAUGAAUCAAACCAGCAGGUGCCUGAGAGGUCAAAGGCUCAGUCUAUGGCUGAAGAAGAGGAAACCACUGCUAUCCAUGAGGAUGAACUCUCUCGAUUUACAAAUGAGCUUCCAUCAGCUUUUGAGGCCAAUGAUAGCUUCAGUCUUGAGAUAACGGAACCAGAAGAAAAGGGUGAUGGAGAGAUGGAUCAGUCAGGAUCGAGUUUUAAUGAGGGCGAUUCUUAUGGACUUCAUGAGCUUCGGGCAUCACCCCCGCCCUCGCCUUUCUUCUCCGCCAUACUUGCUGCCUUUCAGCCCAAAGCGUGCGAUGAUGCAGAAGAGGCUUGGCGCACCCACAUCAAUCAGCUCAUGUCUGACUCCGAUGGUUCGUGCGCUGUCCAUACAUUUCACGUGUUCUCUUCCCUGUUUCAGUGUAUUCAGAAGAAAUUCUGUUCCCUAACCUGGGAUGCAGCAAGCUUCCUUGGUGACAGUCUGCGGGGAAUAGGAUCCAAAUUUAUGAGUUCUUCAGAGGUGCUGACCUCUUGCUCAGAUUGUCCCACAGUAUUUGUAGACGCUGAAACUCUCAUUUCCUAUGGACUACUGGAAAGGCUGAAGUUCAGUGUUUUAGAAUUACAGGAAUAUCUGGACACUUACAACCACAAGAAAGAAGCAGCACAAUCGUGGCUAGCUAACUGCAAGGCAACAUUUCCUGGGAAUGUGAAAGACACCGUGAUAACAAGUCAGCCCAGGGACACAGAGGAGAAGCAAAUGGAAUCCCUUGCAGACGAACCUACUAAAAUAUGGCAACUUGAAUUGUGUCAAAGACUCUAUAAGCUCCACUUUCAACUGCUGCUGCUCUUUCAGUCCUACUAUAAACUGAUUGGACAAAUACAUGUUGUCAGCUCGAUGCCAGAGCUACUCAAUAUGUCAAAAGAACUGAGUGAUCUGAGAAACAACCUGAAGGAAGCUUCAGCUCUGAUAGCAGAUGAUGCCUCUUCACCUGGACUCACAUUCACCUCCUCCGAAGCUGCUGUUCAGUCCAUGUUGGAGAGCUUAAAGAACAGAGAUCUUACUGUUGCCCUACAGCAAAUCAAAGAAUGCAGGACAAUGUGGCCCAAUGAUAUCUUUGGCAGCAAUGUGGAAGAUGAGGUCCAGACGCUUCUUAACAUUUACUUCAGGCACCAAACCUUGGGACAAACAGGCACAUUUGCUCUGGUGGGCUCCAAUCGGGAUCUGACAGAGAUCAGUUUCAAGCUGAUGGAGCUGAAUGGAGAGAUUCAGGAUAUGAUUCGGAAGGCUCAAAGUUACCGUGUCAUCAAUACUUUUCAUCCGAACACCAACGCUGCCGGCACGAGUCUCUGACAGCAGUGUUCUGUCCCCCUUUUGUUUACGACUGGAAAUGCUGCUGUGUUGGUCUGAGACCCUUCAGUGUCUCUUCAGCCUUAGAAAAACUUGGCCAGGCUGUUCUCACAUGUGUGACACUUCACAGUUUCAAUAAGCUUGAGUGGGUGAGUCUACAAACAUGCAACAAUACCACAAGACCAAAAGUAAAAUAAAGUACCCAGGCUGAGAUUAACAUGAUGACAUGUCUUCGUAUCAAAGCACAGUUUUAUUCCUCCUUUUACUGGGUAAACUGCAGCUUUUGCUGAAUUACACUGGCAACUAAAGAUACAACUUCACAGGUUAACCGAGGAUACCAAAGGCCAUUGCAUUCAAUUUAUUCUUCCUGAAGAUACUAUUUUGAAAGAAAUGCAAUUUUACCUUUAAUGUAAACUUAUACUACUGCCACAGAAUUGUCACAACUUAUACUAUAAAGAAAUGUGAGGUUUAUGACUACUGAGAAUAAAAGCAGGUAACAUGAAGCUGUACGUAAUGCACUAGGAAGCAGUUUUGUCGAGCUGAAAGCCUGUAUGUUUAAAUUUUUUUUAAGACUAUAAACUUUAAUGUAUGGUAUAAACAGGAACAAGGAUACUAUACUUGUUUAUUCUGAGCUGCUAAAAGCCCAUUUUUGUUGGCAAAAUGUCACUUGGAUGUUGUCUAAGAAAGUGUUUAACUGGGCCAUACAAUAGGAUUUGUACUGUAUUUGAAAUAUCGUGAACAGUCCAGAUGAAAUACAUUUGGGUUUCGGCUGCUUUUUUUACUAGAUGGAAGCUUUUAUUGAUUUUAUUUAUAAAUGCGGUAAUAGGAAAAGGCUGCUUUCAAGUUAAACUGCUGUUUGGUAGAUGAGGUGAAGACUUUCACAUGACAUUAGAGUCCAUGCCUACUCGACUACCAAGCAUGCACAUUUGUAUGUAAUAUAUGAAUUCAAACAUAUUCAGAAAAUCAAUAGUCUUUACGCUUCAAAUUUCUAAAUUAAAAGUGUGUAGUUGUGCAUUUGUAUUAUAGGUAGGGGCUCUUCUCAUGGUGAGAUUCUUCCUUGUUUCUGAAACACUGCAGUGUAUUGUUGUGACAGCCAUACAAACAUUUUUUGCAUGUAAAAAUGUGUUGCACCUUUAAUCCUUCCUUUACAAAAAUUAUCCACAUAACUUAUUUUCCUUGUAAAUAAUUUUACAGCUACUGUGAAGUACCUUGGGUUUGUGUUUUGUUCUGUAAAUUCAUGCACUGUGUGUACAGCUGCAAUAUAUCACGUAACUAAA